CAUAAAGAAAAAGUGAGAAGUGGGUGGACGGAUUUGAAGACCAGAAGAAGAAGUGGAUAUAGAAUUGCAUCUCUUCUCUUCGUUUCCGUUUUCGAUUCUCCGACGAAUUCAUGGCCGGAGAUUGAUGGUAGAGCGCCAAUUCAAGGAUCUCGAUUCCUUUCCACUCACUCAACUGAAGGUUUAUCGUUUCAAGAUUAUUUUAGUGAGCUAGAGUGUCUGUAUUGUUCAUAUAGUUGGUUUUGGAGUUCCGGUCUGAAGAUUAAGAUUUGAGGAGCAUGGGCACAAGAUCGAAAAGUGCAAAUAGUGUUGAAUCUGAUGUACAACGUUCUAUGCCUUCAACAAUUGUCGCCCAGCCAUGGUGGCGAGGUCCUGGUUUUGGUGCCACGGCACCACCAUCAGCAGAUCCUGAUGGGGGUGAUGUGUCCAAACAUGCUGGUCAAUCUCAAGUGCAUGAUAAAGUAGACAAUAGUGCUGAUGUUCAGAAGCAGAUGCAAACUUUGGGGAUACCAACAGAUGGAAUUUGUGGACAGGAGCAUCAACAUCAGCCAUUUGUCUCAUCUUCCGUGCCUACUAUGAUGACUGAAUACCAUGUACCACACACUCAGCUGGAACUGGGUCAAUCAAUUGCUUGUGCGGCAUAUCCAUAUGCCGAUCCUUACGCGUUAAUGAAUGCUUAUGGCAAUCCAGCCAUGGUACAUCCCCAUUUAAUUGGAAUGCCUCACACUCGCAUGCCUUUGCCACUUGAAAUGACAGAGGAGCCCGUUUAUGUCAAUGCUAAACAAUACCAUGGAAUCUUGAGGAGAAGACAAUCACGUGCAAAGGCUGAACUUGAAAAGAAACUGAUAAAAGUUAGAAGGCCAUAUCUUCAUGAAUCCCGUCAUCAACAUGCAAUGAGGAGGGCAAGGGGAUGCGGAGGUCGUUUUCUUAACACGAAGAAGAACGAUGGAAACACUGAUAACACAACAAACCCGGGUGCUACUCUUCCAGUAUCAUUGCCCAAAUCCUCCCCUUCCGAAGCCCCACCAUCUGGUUGUUCAGAAAAUCAAAUUACAGCUAACCAGAUGCAGCAACCAGCAUACACCAACGGAACCGAUGGAUACCCGCAAUCCGGCUUCCAGUUAUCAGCCUUCCAUGCAAUGCAAGGUGAAAGGAUAGAUGAAGGGGACUGUUCAGGACAACAGCGUGGUGGCAUCCUGGUGAACCAGUCCUCAAACCGGGCGGUCACCAUCCAGUGAAUGCAUUUCCCCAUUGGGCAUGGUCUGUCUCUUCUUCUGCAUUGCCCUGGCACAGGUUCUUGUUUGUUCACAUGGUUGUUAAUGUCGGUGCAAUCGUCAGAGACAUGAGCAUGCUUAGCUGAAAAGGGGAAUUCACUGGUAUAUCUGGUGUUCUAAGGCAAUUCAUUCUUGGCUUGUUUCUUUGUUUUGGGGUCUCUUGUUCUCUUUAUAGGAGAAUAGAGGGAGAGGGAGAAGUAGCUUUGCUACCUCUUAUGUUUAUAUAAAUAUAUAAAUAUAUUACCCUAAGGUCUCAAAUCUAUUCUCCCUAGUUUCAUCCUGUAUUUUCGGUUUCUUUUGCAUUGAGUUUAACUUUGUAAACAAUGCCAGAAAACAUGAAUCUCUUACAUUAGUUUGUGUGCAUUUGAUGUUUUCUGAAACACUCAUUUAUUAGGUGUUUAUCUUGA